AACCAGCGCUGAAAGGUCUCCGUGUUCAUGUUACUAUAAGGAGCUCCGAGAUGUUUUGGACAACACAUGGUUUCAUUUGACCGCUUCAUGACCGCCUGGGUUAUACUGUAUCUGUCAUAGCCAGGCUAUCGUUAGUGUGUUCCGUCGAAGACGCGCAUCGGGAGACCAAGCCUCCUUUCACUUGUUGUAGGCCGCUUUUCUCACAAGUGGAUAAACGCAUCACCAUUUCCUCCAAACGAUGCGUAAAAGUAGCCUAAACCCAAGACAUCUGGAACUUGACACAGCAGUGUUACUGGACUGAGUGUGAUACAUAGACCAGAUUGUAUACCAUGCGAGGCACUGGACAAAAUCACCACUUUCUCCGGAGAUAGCAACGCUGUUAUUUCUUACACUCCUGGAACGUCUGGACGAGGACGCCGCGGCGGUGUGAGAGAGAAAACCAUGCUGCUGCCGGGCAACGGAACGGGCUACGUCUGGACCGAGUUAUUAAACACCGGUAACCUGACGGCGUGUGCCGGUGAAGAAGACCACGGUGGUCCGGAGGCGGUGAUUGUUCCGGUGAUUUUUGGAUGUAUAUUUUUCCUGGGUGUCGUCGGGAACUCUCUAGUGAUGAUAGUAAUAGGGAAAAUCAAGGCCCGGCGCAACAGAAGUACGACAAACAUUUUCAUCCUCAAUUUAAGUAUAGCGGAUCUAUUGUUUUUGCUAUUUUGUGUCCCGUUCCAGGCUACUAUAUACUCCCUACCUGAGUGGAUAUUUGGAGCCUUUUUAUGUAAAUGUGUUCACUAUUUAGUGAUGGUGUGUAUGCUGGUGAGCAUCUUCACGCUUGUUGCCAUGUCAGUGGACAGGUACAUAGCUGUUGUACACUCCAAAAAGUCCCCCUGCAUUCGCAACAGGAGGAAUGCCCUCAUAGGGGUCUGUGUGAUUUGGGCACUAUCGUUCAUAUUCUCUAUACCAGUGGCGCAACACCAGAUACUUACUGACCACCCCGAAGCGCCGAACAGUUCGUUCUGCUGGGAAGCGUGGUACGCAAGCGCUUCCAAACACACCUACAAAGUCACAAUUUUAGUCAUUGGCUAUCUGUUACCGUUGGGCUUGAUCAUAUGCUGCUAUGCGAAGGUGUUAUUCCAUCUCCACAAGAAGAUGAAGAAUAUGUCCAAGAAAUCAGAACGCUCAAAAAGAAAGACAGCCCAGACGGUCCUCCUGGUGGUCGCAGCCUUCCUGACCUGUUGGAUGCCUCAUCACAUCAUCGCCAUGUGGGUGGAGUUUGGAGUGUUCCCGCUCAACGACGCCUCCUUCGCGUUACGGAUCAUCUCCCACUGCCUGGCGUACGGGAACUCCUGCAUCAACCCCAUCCUGUACGCCUUUCUGUCAGAGAACUUCCGGAAGGCCUGUCGCCAGGUGUUCACCUGUCGGUUCCUCUACCCUCCACCCCCACAGGAGAAGGUGGUGCGCAUCCGAAUGGAGAACUUCUCAACUACACACUCUAUUACCACUAAUAUCUGACACCACACACUCUAUUACCACUAAUAUCUGACACCACACAUUCUAUUACCACUAAUAUCUGACACCACACACUCUAUUACCACUAAUAUCUGACACCACACAUUCUAUUACCACUAAUAUCUGACACCACACAUUCUAUUACCACUAAUAUCUGUCACCACACAUUCUAUUACCACUAAUAUCUGACACCACACAUUCUAUUACCACUAAUAUCUGACACCACACACUCGAUUACCACUCUAAUCUGACACCACACAUUCUACUACCACUAAUAUCUGACUCCACACAUUCUAUUACCACUAAUAUCUGACUCCACACAUUCUAUUACCACUAAUAUCUGACACCACACCACACACUCUAUUACCACUAAUAUCUGACACCACACACUCUAUUACAACUCAAAUCUGACACCACACAUUCUAUUACCACUAACAUCUGACACCACACAUUCUAUUCCCACUAACAUCUGUCACCACACAUUCUAUUCCCACUAAAAUCUGACACCACACCACACACUCUAUUACCACUCAUAUCUGACACCACACUCUCUAUUACCACUAAAUCUGACACCACACCACACACUCUAUUACCACUAAUAUCUGACACCACACAUUCUAUUACCACUAAAAUCUGACACCAUUCACUCUAGCACCACUAAUAUCUGACACCAUGCACUCUAUUACCACUAAUAUCUGACACCACGCACUCUAUUACCACGAAUAUCUGACACCACACUCUCUAUUACCACUAAAUCUGACACCACACCACACACUAUUACCACUCAUAUCUGACACCACACAUUCUAUUACCACUCAAAUCUGACACCAUGCACUCUAUUACCACUAAUAUCUGACAACAUGCACUCUAUUACCACUAAUAUCUGACACCACGCACUCUAUUACCACUCAUAUCUGACACCACACAUUCUAUUACCACUAAAAUCUGACACCACACACUCUAUUACCACUCAAAUCUGACACCACACAUUCUAUUACCACUAACAUCUGACACCACACAUUCUAUUCCCACUAAUAUCUGACACCACACCACACACUCUAUUACCACUAAUAUCUGACACCACACUCUCUAUUACCACUAAAUCUGACACCACACCACACACUCUAUUACCACUCAUAUCUGACACCACACAUUCUAUUACCACUCAAAUCUGACACCAUGCACUCUAUUACCACUAAUAUCUGACACCACGCACUCUAUUACCACAAAUAUCUGACACCACUCCACACACCCUAUUACCAUUAUAUCUGACACCACACACUCUAUUACCUCUAAUAUCUGCCACCACACAUUAUAUUACCACUCAAAUCUGACACCACACAUUAUAUUACCACUAACAUCUGACACCACACCACAAAACUGGGACAAGACUGGGACUGGAAGAAGACUGGGACAAGACUGGGGCUGGAACAAGACUGGGACUGGGACAAGACUGGGACAAGACUGGGAUAAGACUAGGGCUGGGCCAAGACUGGGACUGGGACUGGGACAAGACUGGGGCUGGGCCAAGACUGGGACUGGAACAAGACUGGGACAAGACUGGGGCUGGGCCAAGACUGGGACAAGACUGGGACUGGGACAAGACUGAGACAAGACUGAUACUGGGACAAGACUGGGACAAGACUGGGGCUGGGCCAAGACUGGGACUGGGAAAAAACUGGGACUGGGACAAGACUGGGACUGGGACAAGACUGGGGCUGGAACAAGACUGGGACAAGACUGGGACU